AUGUCGUUGGGUUUCCUUUCCUCAGAGGAGACUGUAAAAUUGGAGCAUGAGUAUUCCGCUCAUAAUUAUCAUCCCCUACCGGUAGUCUUUCAUAAAGCUUCAGGCGCAAAAGUUUGGGAUCCAGAAGGCAAUGAAUACUUGGAUUUCUUAUCUGCUUAUUCGGCUGUCAACCAAGGCCAUUGUCAUCCAAAAAUUGUUAGAGCGUUAAUUGAGCAAGCGCAAGUUCUAACUUUAUCUUCAAGAGCGUUUUCAAAUGAUGUCUUUGCGCAUUUUGCCGAAUACGUCACAAAUUAUUUCAAUUAUGAAAUGGUUUUGCCAAUGAAUACAGGCGCUGAAGCAGUAGAGACAGCUCUGAAGUUGGCAAGAAGAUGGGGCUACGAAAAGAAAGGCAUUCCCGCCGACCAAGCAAUCAUAUUCGGCGUGGAAGGCAAUUUCCAUGGCAGAACAUUCGGGGCAAUUUCUUUAUCGACUGAUGAGCAAGAUUCAAGAAAGCAUUUCGGUCCCUUUCUGAAAAAUACAAUGGCCAACUUGCCAGAUGAUUUUAAUCAUAAAUUAAGGUACGGUAAUAUUGAGGAUAUUCAAUUAGUCUUUGAAAAAUAUGGCCCAUUGGUUGCUGCUAUUAUUGUUGAACCGAUUCAAGGUGAAGCAGGUAUCGUGGUACCACCGAAUGAUUAUCUACCUAAAAUUCAACAAUUAUGUAGGAAAUAUAACGUUCUAUUCAUUUGUGAUGAAAUUCAAACAGGGAUAGGCAGAACAGGAAAAAUGUUGUGUUUUGAACAUUUUGAAGGCGUUAAACCAGAUAUGGUCCUAUUAGGAAAAGCUAUUUCCGGCGGCGUGCUACCUGUCUCGUGUGUUUUGUCUUCAAAAGAUAUUAUGUUGACAUUACCUCCAGGAUCACAUGGUUCGACGUACGGUGGUAAUCCACUUUCAUCAAGAGUCGCUAUUGCCGCUUUAGAGGUCAUUAAAGAAGAGAAACUGGUCCAAAGAGCAGAAACUUUGGGCAAUUUACUGCUAUCAAAAUUGAAUGAUUUGAAAAAUUCAGAUAGUGCAAAAGGAAUGAUUUCAGAAGUACGGGGUAAAGGUCUUUUAACUGCAAUUGUCAUCGAUUCUCAAAGGGCUAAUGGCAGAACAGCAUGGGAUCUCUGUCUACUAAUGAAAUCCCAUGGUGUCUUGGCAAAACCAACACAUGACCAUAUCAUCAGAUUAGCUCCCCCUCUUGUCAUCUCAGAAGAAGACUUGAUGAAAGGUAUUAGAGCCAUCGAAAUGUCAUUGUCAGAAUUACCAAAUGCACCAGUAUCGGGUCAUUGA